CUGCUUUGUUCCUCGUCUAUCCCACUGCGCAGGAACAGAGAGGGGUGUUUGCGGAAGCUCCAGGAUGGCCCAACCCCACCACCCGCGCUUGCUGAGUACUCCUCGGCUUGUUACCUUCGUUGUGUCUAUUCUCGUCGCACUUGGGUCCGGAACAAACUAUGUUUUCUCUGCCUACGCGCCACAACUGGGCUCGCGCCUCCGCAUCAGCCACACACAGUUGAAUAUCAUCGGUCUCGCAGGCAAUGUGGGUGUAUAUAGCACCGCCCCUAUAUGGGGUCGGAUAGCCGACCUCAAGGGUCCUCGAAUGCUGCUAUGUAUUGCAUUCGUCGGUUUGCUGCUGGGCUAUUCCGGAAUACGCCACAUAUACGACGCUGGAUUGCCAACUCAGGCCGAUUCUUCUACGAAGGCGGCGUUACCUGGCCUCACUUUCUGGAUCCUUGCUUUUUGCAACUUCCUCAGCGGUGUUGGCGGGAAUGGCGGGCUCUGCUCCGCCCUUAACGUUACAGCGAGGAACUUCCCCGACUCUCACCGUGCGGCUGCCACGGGGAUCGUCAUAUCAGGUUUCGGUCUCUCCGCGUUCUUCUUCUCAACCAUCGCCCACACCUUAUUCCCGGGCAACACAUCCGAUUUUUUACUCGUACUCGCACUUGGGACAUCUAUCCCCAUGGUCCUCGGACUAUUCUUCCUCCGAUACAUCCCGCUUCCCGCUACCACGACCGCGCUCGAGCACGGACCCGCUUCCGCAGAGGAGCAAGAAAGCCUGGUGAUCCACGGGCCCCCGGAAGUGGAACGUGCCAACAGUCGCACCCGUCUCCUCUCACCUGCUGCCGUGGAGACAGAGGUCGCUGACGAGGAGGAGGUUCCGCAUGUUCACCACCAGCAGGUGUCCUCUCACUUCCAGUUCCCGCACACCAGAAAUUCGGUGGAGAUGAGCGUUAGCCCGACGCGGGACGGCCAUCGUCGCUCUGCUAGCGCGCGCACGCGUCGAUCUCGGAGCAAGAGCAAAGAGAUACCAGUGAAGGACGUAGACGGUCCAAACAUCCAUGGCAAGGCUCUUGCCUUCGCACCUGACUUCUGGCUUCUCUUCUGCUUUAUGUCCCUGUUGAGUGGGACCGGCCUCAUGUAUAUCAACAACGUGGGAUCCAUAUCGCAGGCCUUGUUCGCACAAGGAAACCCGGAUUACGAUGAGACUAUGGCCUCGCAGUGGCAAUCGGUCCAAGUAUCCGCCAUCAGCAUCACUAACUGUCUUGGUCGGAUUGUCAUCGGCUUCACCGCCGACUUCACGAAGUACAGUCUGCAACAACAGCGAUCCACGUGCCUAACAUUGGUCGCAGCGCUCCUGCUUGUAUCACAGCUGGCUUGUCUUGCCAUCACCGACGUGUCGGAUUUGUGGAAAGCAAGCGCCCUCCUUGGGUUCGGAUACGGCAGCAUGUUCGGUCUUGUCCCGACGAUCGCCAUCGAGUGGUUCGGUCUUCCCCAUUUCUCCGAAAACUGGGGCUUCCUCUCGCUCUCGCCCCUCCUCGGCGGCAACCUCUUCUCGCUCGCAUUCGGGCGCAACCUCGACGCGCACGCCUCUCCCGGAUCGCCGUCCACCUCGCAGCCGGCGUCACUUCUGCGGCGCGCGGGACUCCCCGCAGACGCGCAGUGCUUCGACGGGAGAAGCUGCUACGAAGCUAGUCUGCACAUGACCAUCGCGGCGUGCACGGCUGCUCUGGGAAUUGCUAUAUGGCUCGGGGUGAGGGACCGGAGGAAACUCAGGGAAUCCGCCGCCUCCGAGCGUGAGGUUGUGUGGGCCGAGGAGAACUGAUGAUGUGCAAUCAACAAUAAAUUACCCGGAUAUUGGCAAUCAG